AUGAAAUUGUGGCUCGCCACGGGCCUUGCCUUGAUACAGGCUAACCAAAUCUAUGCACCGGUGAGACAUGAAGAAGCGCCUGUUCCUCGCGUUACCAUCCGGCCAGCAGUGCGCCCGGUCGUCGGCGAGUGGCACAACUGUCAGCCCAUUCGAAUCUGCGAAGGGGUUUCCCUCGAAGAUCGAUUCUACAAAGGCGACCUACCUGAAGUUUAUUUCGACACAGAUCAAACUUGCUCAUAUAGUAUUGAUGAAAAUGAACUCUUUGGGAUUUCGAAUGCAGAUACUGUUGCUGGAAAACGCGCACAGAUUGCUCUGAAGAAAUUUCUUGACAGAGAAAAAGAAGAUGUUCAUGAAAUUACAGUCCGAGCUUUUAAUUGCGCCGGAGAUGAAAUUGCUUCGCGAAAUAUAAAAAUCGACGUCUGUGAUAUCAACGAUCACAUCCCCUGGCUUGAUCCCCACAGUCUGAGCAUGACUUACUGUCCGGAUAUGAAAGUGGGUACCAAAAUUGGAAAACUAUCGGGCUCAGAUAUGGACAUUGGAGCUUAUGGAAAAGUUGAAUUUUUCUUCACUCAUCGAAAGCCCUUUGGAUCGCCGGUCCUUGUUCGUUACUACGACGGUAGAGUGGAAGAGAUUCAAAAUAUUUUCCGACUGGAUGCGGAUGGAACCAUAAGUGUCAGUGCUUUCGAUCCAAGAAUAAACAAUAAGGUUCGCGAAUUAUCCAUCGAAGUCGGCGUACGUGAUCAUCCAGGCAAUCCAAUUUACGGGUCGCGUUCAGCUCAAGUAAUUAUUUACAUGUGCAAUCAACCACCAGAAGUUGAGAGUUGUGACCUUGGAAUAAUUGAUGAAAAUAGCAUGGACGCUCCUGAAGCUGCUAACAUUCGAAUUGUUGAUCGUGACGCCGACGAAAGAAACGGGUUUGUUGAGAUUGAAGUACUGGACAGUGAAGAUCCUCUUGACGGUUCGCUUGAAAUUGUUCCUACUAUCGAGCGAGUUGAUGGAGUUUGGGUGACUUCAGGAAAAGUCAACAUUCUCAAACCAUACAACUACGAACUUCCUGGAGCACAGAUUGAAACCCGCGGCUCCGUCGCUGCUAGAAUCGUCAAUCUCAAUGUCCGUCUUCACAACUCAAAGGCAAAAGAUGCAAAGCCAGUUGAGACAGUUUGUACGAUGCGCGUAAGAGAUGUCAAUGACCCAUUACGAUUCCGAUCAUUCAUGACUAGAAGUGGCGAAGGAUUUCCAGCUGUCAUUGAAAAUUGUCAAACACAAGUAGGGCAACGAGUUGAUAAUCAGAUGAUCUUGGCAGUCGAUGAAGAUAGUCAGGGAAAAGAAAUAACUUACUCUUCUGAUGAUGAGUUCUUCGAAGUGUCGACAGAUUUCGCAAACAAGGUUGCAAAAGUUGUGCUCAAAAAGACAAUCGACAGGGAAUUACAUUGCCGUCCACAGAAUCCCGAUAGCGAUGCUAGAUACUACAGACUCUUGAUAACUGCGACUGAGAGGAACGAAGUCAUUGACGAGGAGGUUUUAAUUUUGUGCAAGGACAUAAACGAUCAACAGCCAAGAGUUAUCCUUUCUUCGGGACAAAGUGGUGUUUGCCGAGAUUUGAGCAGAUUUUUCGACGAUCAGGAUUUUCUUCUCCAGCAUGGAAUCGAAAACGUCGAGAUAAAUGAUGGGGUCGAAGGACUCAACGUUGUUGCUAUCGCUAUUGUCGAAGACAAGGAUGAGGACGCGCUCGGUCAUGGCGCGCCUUUUACCUUCACCAUUAUCGACGAGGGAACUACCAAAGAUAACAAGGACGACUUUGUAUUCAAGGAAACUUCCCACUCUAGGGUCUACUUACUUGCAUAUAGAGGCGAUUAUAAUCUUGGCUACGGAGAACGCAUCAAAUUCACUGUUAGUGACAAUGGCGGAAACUCAUUUUCUGAUGCCUGUCGUGCUCCUGAGCCCAGGGGAAUGAAUGAAUACUCAAUUAUGGCAUGUGAUUGUGAUGACAACGAAGACUGGGAAUAUUAUCCUAAAAAUGACUGCGCCGCAGCUGCUAUAGGUGGUGUUUGGUGGAUUCUUCUUUUAUUGUUAUUACUUCUUCUUUUACUGCUCUGUUGUUGCUAUUACUGGCUUUGUAUGGGAGCAGCGGGAGCUACUAAAGAUACUGAAUACGUUUAUAAGUACGAUAAACCCGACUGGUACUAUUACAUGUUCAACCUGAUGAAAAAAGAUAAAGACGAUAAAGUUGUUGUCGACCACGCACAAGUUGACCAUCCGGAUACUAUUGGAGGCGUCCUUGAUAAGUCCAAAAAAGAGGUGGACGAAAUCAACGCAACAUACGACGAGGUGCGCAUUUACAACUCAUCUUAUCAGAAGGGCCGUGCCUCGAUAUCGACUAUGUCAGAAAUCACUGGAAUCAAUAGUAGUGUCGCCAACGCUGAGAGCAAAGUGGAUUGGUCUGCUAUCAUGAAAAAUGUUCCGAAGAUCCAAGAAGAUGCGAAAAACGAUCUGAACGAGCGAUCUCAAUCGCCCAUCAGUAACAUAACAGAUAUCACCGUCAAUGAAAGACGAGUGAGCUUUUUGAAAAGAUAUGAUGUUGUAAAUUCUAUGUCCUUUGCGACCACCCAGGAAAUUAAUGAAAGACAAGCAAGUAUGGUUAGGAAUUCGCGAAGAGAUAACCUUGACAACAGUUUCAACGCUGGCGACUCGCUUUUAUCUGGAACCGAUCCCGAGUUGGACAUGCGCCCCAAUUCUCCUCCUGCUUUCGUUUGA